AUGUAUCGCGCUCGCCGAAGGUCAAACAACGAGCCGCUCCAAAAGCUACCUUGCUUUUGGUCUCAUCCACCACCUGCACUUGAGAAUCAGCCCGAGCAAGAACCACGACAACAACCACGUCCAUUCAUUCCUAGAACCAUCGAAGGCUUAUCAACCCAAUCGACAGACCGUUCUACUACACAAAAAUAUCGUUCAAAUUACUUCAAAGACCUCGGAGAGGUCCCAGAGUCCGGCGGAGUAUAUAUGAUCCGCGAAAUCGAUACGAAAAGAACGAUCACAUUAAGACAAGGACAAGUCACAAUGACCCGGGGAACCAGUCCACAAGGCGGCUGGCAAUGGAUAUGUGAAGAGCGACAGAAUGGCUAUAUCGGCUUCCGAGAUAUCGUCUCAGGGAAAUACCUAGGUCGCGGCAGCGGUGGUGAAUUCCAUGCCGAGGCAAAGGAGAUGGGGGAUAAGGAGUCAUUCGUGCUUCGCCCGCGAAAUGCAGGCGGGCAUAAUCUUAUGGUGAAGAGAUGGCGUGGCCUGAAGGCUGUGGCUAUGGGCGACUGUGAAAAUGCGGAACCAAAAUUGGUGGAGGCUUCAAGUCGCACUUCCCCUGCACGAUUGGAAUUUAUUAGGGUCGGACGAGAUACGGUGCUAUAG